CGCUACGGAACUUAGCAAACAGCUAACGGCCGUGACAAUGUGUGCGAGCUGUUAGCCACACCAACGUCCCGGAGCUCAGUGGCGGCGUGUGGAGGCCCUCGGACGGGUCAUGUGAACGUGCCGCUGGAGCGAACCCGCGUGAGAGCGCCACGCGCAGACCGACGCUCCUCGCGCAGUGUGACAGGAGCACCGGGAGCAGCCUGGGCUAACAGCCGAUAGCCGGUUAGCCGGAGCGUUAGCUGUUAGUUGGCUCUGUUUUCUGAACGAAGUGGGUCGACCGCUGCUGUUCCUCCAGUAGACGCGAGCCCUGGAGGAGAACUGGACCGAGUCUUGGGCUGUCUAUGAUGUUCAACGCUUUCCCCCCCGUUGCAUCACCUGACCCCUCCUGGUCUAUUUGACUUGUCCUUUUUUCUCCAAAACUCAACCCCACAUCUCUGCUUGGCAACAGCAUGAUCAUUCACGUUGACCCCACUCAGCCCACUGGGACAAGAAUACCUCAAAACCAAACUCGCCAAAUGGUAUGAUAGUAGCCACCUGGAUCACUUUUUGUGCUUGCAGGAGCCUCGCAAGGGUUCUGCUCUUCCUUUCCACCUAUAGCUCCCUCUCUCCAUUCUGGGAGACCCUUGCCAGUGUGGUCUCCGGCACUGGAACCAUGGGUAAUAGCUGUGUGUGCCGGGAGGAUAGUGACUUGGAAGAUCAUCACCACGGGUCGUCGAGGGCAACCCGGGGACAAGCUAGGCGGGUGGACCACGGUCCAGGCGUAGGCGCUGAUGCCGGAGAGGCGCGGAGCAGUAGACCCAGGGACCCGGUCAGGCCGCCACGCCGAGGGCGAGGGCCCCAUGAGCCGAGACGGAAGAAGCAGAACGUGGAUGGCCUGGUGCUGGACACAUUGGCUGUCAUCAGGACCCUGGUGGACAAUGACCAAGAACCCCCGUACUCCAUGAUCACUUUGCACGAGAUGGCAGAGACCGAUGAUGGUUGGUUGGAGGUUGUCCAGUCUCUGAUUCGAGUGAUCCCAUUGGACGAUCCGCUUGGCCCUGCAGUGAUAACCCUUCUGUUGGAUGAGUGUCCCCUGCCCACCAAGGACGCUCUCCAGAAACUGUCAGACAUGUUGAGUCUGAGUUCGGCUGUGGCGCGACAGGACGCUCUGAACCCCGCGAAGCACAGAAACACCACAGCUGUCCUGGGAUGCCUGGCAGAGAAACUGGCUGGUCCGGCUAGUAUUGGAUUGUUGAGCCCUGGAACCCUUGAGUACCUUCUAGAGAGCCUGAGCUCUGAAGCCCACCCCACUGUCAUGCUGUUCGCCCUCAUCGCUUUGGAGAAGUUCUCCCAGACCAGUGAGAACAAGCUAACGGUGUCUGAGUCGUGCAUCAGCAAUCGACUCGCUGUCCUGGAAUCGUGGGCGGAGCAUCCCGACUACCUGAAGAGGCAGGUCGGAUUCUGCUCACAAUGGAGUCUCGACAACCUGUUCCUAAAAGGUGGCCGUCAGUUCACUUUCGAGAAGGUCAACCUCACCAACGUCAACACCAUGCUCAACAGCAAUGACGUCAGCGAGUACCUCAAGAUCUCCCCGACUGGACUCGAGGCGCGGUGCGAUGCCUCGUCCUUUGAGAGCGUGCGUUGCACAUUCUGCGUGGAUUCGGGUGUUUGGUACUACGAGGUGACGGUCAUCACAUCCGGCGUGAUGCAAAUCGGAUGGGCCACCAAGGACAGCAAGUUCCUCAACCACGAGGGCUACGGGAUAGGCGACGAUGAGUACUCGUGUGCGUAUGAUGGCUGCAGGCAGCUCAUCUGGUACAACGCUCGCAGUAAACCUCACUCUCACGCCUGCUGGAAGGAGGGAGACGCCAUCGGCUUCCUGUUGGACCUCAGCAAGAAGCAGAUGGUUUUCUAUCUGAACGGACAUCAGCUGCCGCCGGAGAAACAGGUCUUCUCCUCAGCCACGUCCGGUUUCUUUGCAGCAGCCAGCUUCAUGUCUUACCAGCAGUGCGAGUUUAACUUUGGGGCCAAGCCUUUCCGUCACCCACCGUCUGUGAAGUUCAGCACCUUCAACGAUUUUGCUUCACUGCUGCCCAGUGAAAAGAUCAUCCUACCCAGACACCGGCGUCUGGCCUUACUCAAGCAGGUGAGCAUCCGAGACAACUGCUGCACGCUGUGUUGUGACGUCAUGGCGGACACGGAGCUGCGGCCCUGUGGUCAUGGUGGCAUGUGUAUGGAGUGUGCCUUACAGUUGGAGACGUGCCCGCUGUGCCGCCAGGACAUCCAGACCCGCGUCAGACUCAUUGCUCAUGUCUCCUGACCAACCUCCUGCCGCUUCUCCAGCAAGGAGAGACACACGAGCCCGACGGCCUCGCCCUCCUCCUCCCACCCAGCAGGGCGACGAGCACGGUGUCGCGAUGACGCCGGGACUCUGACUUCUGGUACGAGGAAGCGACGAUGGAGGGGUGGAGCGGGGGAAAUGAGAGGAGGGGGAUUACAACCUGAACUGGAUCCCCAGGAGCUUUCUCCCAUUUGCCUACUUGUCUCCUCUUUUGUAUCCUUCUGACGACUCGCUGCAGAAGUCGUGGCCAAGAAUCGUCGACUUUCUACAAACGCCGUUUGUUUCCGAAAUGAGAAGCAGAAAAACAAUUUCACGAGAUUACAGAUGGGAACAAUCUGUCGUCUGCUAGCGCCUGCGUAGAGUUACCAGACAUCCUUUCUAUGAUACGAGGAUCCCUCUGCGCUUUCAGCCCACAGGCUACUACUAUUUAACCCCCUCAUCGUCAUGCACACGUCUGCGUAACAGAAAGGAUCCCGGCCUGUUGUACAGUAUUAAACACAAGGUACAGAUGAAUCUCACUUUCAUGUUUUGGUGUGUAGAUAUGUGCGAAUCGUGGUGUUCUGGAGGUGUCAUUUUCAUUCUCUUUUCUCAAGGUCAUACCAACACCUUUCCUUUGGUCGGCUUCUCUUUCUGUACUGAUUGAUUUCCCACUGGUAGGGUUUGUCAUUUGGAAAAAAAAUACCUCGUAUUGUAAAGUGUCCGAUUUUACUUUUGAUGUCAGACAUCUUUAAAGUUGCCGAAGCAAUUCCAAUAUUUUAAUUUUCUGAUUUGUUUUUUACAAAUAUUAGUAAUGAGAUCAGCUGUGACACCACAGAGGACGUUAACGGAACAAAUAUAGUUUGACAACCAGUGAAAAAUAAAAUAAAAAUUUGAAUCUAUAUUAUAAGUAAGUGAUUUUUCAGGCGUCUGACCCAGCUGCUCUUUGUGCUUCGUCUCUCCUCGGAUGUUAUUUCCUCCGUCUCGGUCAUGUUUGCAACAAACACAGCAUCUGUAAAUUAAAUCACAUGUUUUCUCCACAAUUAUAAGUUAUAAUUGAAGAGCCGGUGAGGGAGAAAUACACAAUUGAAUUUCCACCACCGUCAGAAUUGAUUCGUGAUAACAAUUUGGCAACAACUUUUAAUGCCACCGUGAGUCGUGCUUCGCUGAGUACAUACGUCUUCAUUUUCUGAUCGUCAGACAAUAGUCGUCUGUAUUAAGAUGACUAUUUUGAAUCCUCACGAUGUGAUUUUGUUUCAUUAAUGUUGAUGUAAAAACUUGGUUGAGAAGCGCGACAGGUUUUGUUGAUUGACAGUGUUGUAUUAGCAGACGGGUAAUUUGCUUUAAACAAAUGUGAAAUGUUUUAAGUAAAUCAUCUUUCCAAAAUAUCAGUGAACUAAAUAUCCCAGUGUCAUUUUUAAGAUAUCAUUUGGGGUCUUAUUUUGCAGUGAAAUACUUGGCAUGAAUUGGCAAUCAACCUACACAGCUCACAUGACCAGACGAGAAUAAUACAAUGGUACGUUUCACCUGCUACCAAUCGCAGCAUAACGAAUGGAUCUAGUCAAAAGACGUUUCUCUUUAGAUUGGAAGGAUAUCUUUAAAUGUAUCUUUCAGCCUGAUUACAUUUUGGUGACCCUAUUUGUGAUUUUUCUAACUUAGCAGUACAUCUCUCUGCUCUCAUUGAGCCAUUUCUCCAUCUUUCGCCAUCUUCAAAAGAAUGUCUAGUUUUCUGUCCAUCCUUUACUUGAAGCCUCUCUGAGUUGGCUGACAUAUGUACUUUGGAAACAGGGGAUGAGAGUUUGUGAUUUGAAGGAAAACUCAUUUGUACAAUUAGCUGAAAAAAAAUCUGGUGAUGAAAAUUAGCACAAUGAAUAAUUUAGAAUUGUAUUUGGUCAAAUUAUUUAUGAAUAGUUACUACUCCACCAAAUUGCAUGAUCAUUCAGACUAUACUGGAAUGAUUUCUAAAAGGUAACGUGCAUCUCUCGGUGACAAACGACUGGGCCGGUCACUGUUGGCUAUCUUGUAUUUCCUGGAGCACCUAAUACUGUACAUGCAGGUGAGAGAAGUUCUGUUUGUCUCUACGGCUAGAGAUGUAGUUCUGGAUUGUAAAGAAUCUAUUGUGGAUCGUAUUUAAAACAUCUAAAGGAAUUUUGCCCCAGAGUUCCCAAAGAUGUGAUUGAAGAAUUAUUGUGGCCUGGAUUGUGAUAUUUGUAAUAAAUGUAUGUCCAUGUGAUAU